CCUUAUUGAAAAUUCCCGCGGUUGAACUAUCUAAGACGAAACAUGACAUCAUUGCAGCCACAAUAUCUUGAACGCAGACACGACAGGAGACUUUUCAGCUUCCACUUACUGAAUAUCAGAGCUGUCAACCAUGAAGAAGGAAAGAAGUUUGUCCAUGGUUAUAUAGUCAUGCUAAAGUCCAAUACGAGAGCAUACAAUAUUCUGAGCAUCGUACAUCAUCGGUACAUCGUCAAUCAAGGCAUUGUAUACCAGCAGCCAAAAACUUCGGCAUGGUUUACAUAUGGAGAUAUGGUCCACACCAAUGUCAUAGUUCCAGCUGUCAGGGAAAGAUACUUGAAAAUCCAAUCACUUACUUGCACUAUAAUUGACACGGCUGUAUGGAGAAAGAAGAAAACGGAGUGUGGAAAACAAUUUCCAAGAGGAAAACUUUUUAUUGCUUUGCAAGAACGGCAUUCAACUUUUGGGACAGUUAGGUGCAGCCAAUCUGCAUCAAACGGUCAAUUUUCUUGCUGCUGUGCACUUCUGCCAUCAUUGUGAAAAAAUUGAUGAGCCGAAUUCCAUCCCCGAAACUCUCGUUGCUUGAUUUUGCAGAUUCCCGUUGCAGUGAGAGAUUCCAUUGGAAAUUUCAUUCGUGAUGGCAGAGAUUCAGUUGUGAAUCAGAUUCAUUUUUGAGUGAUGGCAGAGAUUCAGUCGGAGUGAAGAUUCAUUUUUUGUGAUGGCAGAUUCAGUUGUGAAUCUGAUUCAUUUUUGGGUGAUGGCAGAGAUUCAGUCGGAGUGAAGAUUCAUUUUU